AUGGCCUCUUCAUCACUAGGACAUACAGCUGUGCUGGCCUGUGUCGGUAUUGCAGCCACUUAUCUGCUGACAAGGUUGUUUUACCUCGCUUUUCUUCAUCCGCUGGCAAGAUACCCGGGUCCAUUCCUGGCCAAGUUCACCAAUGCGUAUGCGUCUUACCAUGGCUGGAAAGGAGAUAUUCAUCUGGACAUGUGGAGGUCGCACCAGAAAUAUGGUGACUAUGUCCGAUACGGCCCGAACAAGUUGAUGUUCAACACUGCCGAAGGUCUUCGGGACAUUUACAGCCUCACUGCCGCACCCAAGUUCCUCAAGUCUCAAGGAUACGCACCAAUGGUUCACCGAGCUCCCAACACGCUGACUAUUCGUGGGGGAAAGGACCAUUCCCGAAGACGCAGAAUCAUGGCCCAGGGAGUUUCGGAGAAAGCUCAGCGAGGAUAUGAACACAGAAUCGCAAACCAUAUCAACAAGUUCUGUGACCUUGCUUUCCCUGCCUCUGACAACGAUGGGGCCGACAACUGGAGCGAGCCAAAGGAUAUGGCCAAGUGGUGCAAUUAUCUCUCCUUUGAUAUCAUGGCCGAUGUAGUUUUCGGUGCCAAAUACAACUUGCUGGGCAAUGAGCGCUUCCGCUAUGUGGUUGAGACAAUCGACCGAUCGAACGUUCGUAUGGGGGCCUUGAUCCAAUUCCCCAAGUUCGCAGCAAUGAAGAUCGACAAGUACAUAUUCCGUGAUGCCAUUGUCGCGCGCAACCGUUUCGUCAAGUUCGUUCUGCGCGUUGUCAAGGACCGUCUGGAAAAGGGCAAGACAACCUCGAUUGACAUCCAUUCCGCGACCAGUGACGAUGCCGACGUCUUUGCCAACCUCGCAGCAGCCAAAGAUCCCGAGACUGGCGAGGGGUUCCAACCCGAUGAGAUUGCCGCCGAGUCGUCCACUCUGAUCGUAGCCGGUUCGGACACGUCGUCGACUGCCUUUGCCUCAGUCCUUUUCUACCUGGCUGACAACAAGGAGGAGUACGCCAAGGCCGCCGCCGAGGUGCGCAGCAAGUUCAAGACUCGAGACGAAGUGCGCCUCGGCGCCACCCUGGCCUCUUGUAACUACACACGUGCUUGCAUCGACGAGGCGCUCCGCAUGUCGCCGCCUGUAGGCUCGGCACUGUGGCGCGAGGCCACGGCCGGCGGUGCGACUGUCGACUCCCGCGAGGUGCCCGCCGGUAUGGACGCGGGGGUUUCCAUCUAUUCGGUCCACCACGACGCCAAAUACUACAAAGACCCGUUCCAGUACAACCCCGAACGCUGGCUGGUGGACGACGGUACCGGAAGCAUUGAGCGCGCCCGAUCCGUCUUCAACCCCUUCUCCGUCGGUGCGCGUGGCUGUCUUGGCAAGGGUCUAGCCAACACGGAGAUGAUGCUCACAAUCGCCACCAUUCUGUUCGUCGGAGAUUUCAAGUUUGCUGAUGGCGAAAAGGGCAAUAUCGGACGCGGACAGAAGGGAGCUGUGCACGGCAGACAUCGAUUCAACGAGUUCCAGCUGUACGAUCACGUCACUUGCCAGAAGAAUGGCCCAUGGCUCCAAUUUGCUCCUCGUCAGGUCGUUUGA